CUACAGGUCAUUCAAAUGGCCGGGCUCAACUCAUCAACUGCACUUUGCCCCUUUCAUUCUUCCUGGUUCACAUUCUCUCCGGAUCUUUUAAGGCCUUGCCCAACCUUAACCGACAGCGUUCUUCUCUCUCUAUAUAGAUUCUUUUGGCCAAUGCUCUUAUACAAGUAGUACUAAUAUGCAACUGAAUUAAAUACCCUUUUCUUCUGUGGCGCAAAAGGAAUUCAAAACCAGACGUUCCACGUUCCAGCUCCAUCAAAAUUAAGCAAGAGUCUUCUUUAGCUGUGCAUCUUGUUCAAGAAUUUAGUGUCUAAUAUAAAACCCUGAUAAAAAUGUCUACAAUUCAAUCUGAGCUGAACCAGGAAGAUGCUAAUUGGAGAAACUCACCACCCCCAACUUCAUUUUCAGCUCCACCAUCUUCAGUUCAUAGCAGUAUGAGUCCGCUAUUUCUUGUGGUUGUAGUAGUUGUAGCUGUUAUCUUCUUCAUUGGUGGUCUUGUUCAUUUGGUUUUAAGAUUCUUCAUAAAGAGGUCAUCUUCCCCACUCUUUCAAUCCAGUAAUAGACACCCAGAAAGCUCUAGCUCUCGAAAUCUUCGAAGACAGCUUCAACACCUCUUUCACUUACACGACUUGGGCCUGGACCAAGCUGUCAUAGACUCUCUGCCUGUGUUCUGCUGCAAAGACAUUGUUGGUUCAGAUGAGCAGUUUGAUUGUGCUAUCUGUCUGUGUGAGUUUUCUGAGCAGGACAAGCUGAGGUUGCUCCCUAAUUGUGGUCAUGCAUUUCAUAUGGAUUGUAUUGACACUUGGCUUCUCUCAAAUUCAACAUGCCCUCUUUGUAGAGGCACCCUUUUGGGCUCUGGUCUAGUAUUGGAAAACCCAGUGUUGAAUUUUGAUGAUUCUAGAGCAAUGUCAAGUAGGUUCGAUGGUGAUGGAGACAAUGGGGGUUUAAGUGGUCGGAGAGUCUUAGCUUUGGAGGAAGCUGGUGUCGAAAAGAGGGUGUUUUCGGUGAGACUUGGGAAGUUCAGGAGCUCGACGAACGAAGGAGUAGGAGAAACAAGCAGGUGUAAUUUGGACGCUAGGAGAUGCUACUCAAUGGGGACAUAUCAGUAUGUGGUUGGUGAUUCAAAUCUUCAAGUGGUCUUGUCGCAUGAUUGUGGUGGAGGCACUGAUACUAAGCUUGACAUUGAUGAUGAACACUUUGAAGUUGGUGGGAAUUUGGAGGGGAAGAAAAUCAAUGGGUGUCAUAAAGGUGAGAGCUUCUCUGUGUCCAAGAUCUGGCUUUGGUCUAAGAAGAACAAAUUCCCAGGCUCUUUGAAUACUCAUACCGGUAUGCCUUCUUUUACUGUAACUUCUCCAAUCUAUGGUGGAACAUGAACUGUAACCGAGCUUAGAUUUUAUUGUGAUCUUUAGUUUUUGAUAUUGUAUAUCAAUGAUGCAAUGUGCCACUGUCCACUAGUUUGUUGGAGAGCUUAUAUUUUGUAAAUAUUUUGUUCUGAAAACCAUGGCUUCAUUUCUCUAGUAUUUAA